GUGUUACUUCCCUUGCAGUACAGUAAUCACUGCCACCACAAGAUUUUCAUCCAAAAUUGGAUGAAAACUUUUAAUGGCAUUUUUUUUAAUCAUAUAUAUUUAUUCUUAUAUCCUUUCUUAAAUAAUUACUUUACGCCAGUUGAUAGGCAUAAUAUGUUUUAUAAAAAAAUAACAAUUAAAAAAACAUUCGGAAAUGUUCGGUCUUUUUUCAAAUUGAAAGUAGGAUUUACAAAUUACAAUAUCAACAUGGAUGUGUUGUUAGCUAUUCAGACAUGUAUCGAACGUUUUGAACCAGGAUUGCAAGCAAAACCAAAACAAAUCGAAUGUUGGCGGCAUGUUCUUGCAGAGGAAGACAAAACAUGUUGCUGGAAUUUCUUUUAAAGGUGUUCCGUCCAUUUUGUAAAUUGCAAUCACGUGCCGUUUUAUCUAUCAUCACGUGAUAUUUGUGAAGGCAGUGAUUACUGUACUGCAAGGGAAGUAACACUGCGCGGAGUUUGGGAGUUUUCGAUAAAAAUGGCCGAGCAGUUCCGAAUGGCAACUGGAAUCAAUGGCGUGCGCUAGCAUACUUACUUCCCCUAGAUUAAAAUAAGCCAUUUUCGAAUGUCACAAAGCUAUGCAAACACACUGUUUCAUAACUGUUAGGAAGUAUGUCAGUAGUGGAUGCAUGGCUGAUCCCCACUCCCGGAAGAGAGACGAGGUUGUGGCGGUUCUCUAGCACUGCAGUCUUUGCAUUUGUCACGGGAUGUAGUAAACUUGUCGUAGGGUACUUAAACAAACCAAAGCUGUAUAACAAAGACCAGUUUCUGAAGCACGUCGAGAGACAUGACAAAGCAAGACCACUGAUCACAGUGGCGAACCACUACAGUAUGGUCGACGACUUUCUCAUAGGAUACAUGUGUUCAUGGCGACGGAUGUUGCAGGCUCCGUUGAGGCGUUGGAUUCCAGGGGCUAAAGAUGUCUGUUGUAAAACAUACGUGUCUUCGCUGUUCUUUCAGCUGGGGAGGGUGAUACCGAUUGUUAGAGGUGACGGUGUGUACCAGAAGGGAAUGGAUUUCUGUACUGAUAUAAUGAAUGCAAAUGGCUGGGUCCACGUAUAUCCGGAAGGCAAGGUCAACACUGAACAAGAGUAUAUACGCUUUAAAUGGGGUAUAGGCCGACUUGUAGCAGAAAGCAAGGUCUGUCCAAUUGUUUUACCCUACUGGCAUUUGGGAAUGGAAGUAGUUUGGCCGAUGAAGAUACCAUACUACCCUCGAGCUGGCAAGAAACUAACAGUGCUUAUUGGCGAACCACUGGACUUUACUGACGAUCUGAAUACUCUGAGAAACGAAAACAAAACACAGGAGGAAAUUAGAAAACACAUCACAGACAAAAUACAAGACUCUUUAUUUAAAUUACGGACAAAAACGGAAGAACUCCAUGAGACUAAAGUCUGAAACGUGAUCGAAGGUGUCUGUGUCGUGCUUCAAGAAAAAAUAGUUUUCUCCUAAUUUAUUGAAAACAUCUCUGUGUUAAGUUUGAUUGUUAUGUUUUAAUUACCCGGUCAAAAAAAGAGUUUUAUCCUAAUUUAAUGAAAACAUCUCUGUGUUAAGUUUGAUUGACAUGUUUUUAUCAAAUUUAAUCAAAUGAUUAAAAACAUUCAUGUCUAUGUUUAUGUAAAAAAGUCAUUAGACACAGAUAUAACUAUGCUUUAUCUUCAAAGAAUUGCUCAGGAUUCUUUUCGAAAAGAAAUGCAUUUGUGUUGUGAUUGUGUCCAGCAGGCGUGAAAAAAUAUUUUUAAUCUUUGUUGGCUGCUUUAUAUUAAAAACGCUGGAUCAGGAUUUAGUAUUUUAUGUUUAUUCUCAGUAUUACUAUGGUUUAAAAUCUAGUAUGAUUUUGAACCAUUGUUGGUUUGUACAAAAUUGUUCACAGAAAUUUAGAUACAUUAUAAUUAUAAAUUAUUCACCAUGUUUUGUGAUUAUUUUUCUGAAAACAAAAGACUACAAUGUACAUGUACUUCAAUUUCCACCCACUAUAGGUCAUUUUAAAGCUGCACUCUCACAGAUUGAACAUUUUGACAUUUUUUUUUGUCUUGGAACGAGCCAAUUUAUGCAAAAAUGCAUGGAAACCAGUGAUAUAAGACUGCUGGCAAAACGUGAAUCGCAGAAUUUCAUACUUAAGUUCAAAACUUUAUGCUUUGUGUUUUUUUCUUAAACCAUUAAUAACCCAUUUAGCCAUAAAACAUUAAUUUUCGAAUGGAAAUAAGAAAAUCUGUGAUCUGAUCUUUUGUCAGCAGUCUUAUAUCACUGGUUUGCAGAUUUUUACGCAAAUAUUGGCUCAUUCAAAGACAAAAAGAGUUGUCCAAACGGUAAAUCUGUGAGAGUGCAGCUUUAAAUGCAUGGUAACACAAAGUCAUAAUUUUUUGGUACCAUUGAAAAGCCAAACAUUUUGUGAGUGUAAGAUACUUGAAAAAAACAAAAAGGAAUCAUAGCUUUUUUGCAAUGAAAAAUUGAAUGAAAAAAAUAUUCAGAUUUAUUUCCAUUUGAGAUAUAUAACACAGGAAAGCACCAUCAAAUUGAUUUUAUAUUAAGCAUCAGUUGUCAAUUUUAAGAACAUACCAGCCAGACAGAAAAAGGAAAAAAAAAAAUUUGCAACAAGACAUCAAAUAUCUUGUACUUAAUUGAACCUUUGGGAUAAAGCCAGCAUGAAUGAGGAAGAGCAAUCCAGCCUUGUUAAGCAUAAAGUCAAUGCUAGACAAUUGCAUGUUAAUGAACAACUGAUCUUGAAUUUUACUCUUUUUGAUGGUUUAUGAUGUACUUCUUGAAGUGACACUCUUAUUCAAAAUCAAAACAUACACAUGAAUAACAAACAUAAAGUUUGAGUGAUAAAGCUUUAACUACUUACUAAAUAAUGCAUUUAUGGAAAAUAUUAAUAACUGGUAUAUAACAAGAUUGUAACUGUGUAUUUAAUAGCUAAAAACCCAAAAAUAUUAAAUAAUUGGUGAAUGCUCAAAGAUUACUGUGAUCAACUGUUGUCUCAUAAGAUAGAAAUACUGUGUUUUAUGCACGUUUCUUUCAAAUUAAACGCGGUAUCCUUUAUAAGAACCAUUGUUUUCGAUAUUUUUUUAUCCUUUUUGGAAUAUUAAAACAAUAGUAGUAAUUGUGGUAAAUCUUAUAUGGGAGUAUAAGAGUGCAUCUUUAAGCUGUUCAGUUAUCCGCCUCCAAACAUAGUUUCUUAGCUGUAUUUAGAUUUUUUUAAAAAUGCUGCUUUUAUUUUUAAGAAGACCCAACACCUACCAGCAGAUAACGUUAAACAUGAAAUUUAUUUGUUAUGGCCUUUUCAUUCCUAAAAACCUUUAUCAGCAAUGGAUGUUUUUUGUGAGUUUUUACAUAUUUGUAAUCUGCAAACAAAACCCUCUCAUUUGAUAUAUCAUACCAGUAUUAUAUUCGGGCACCAGGCUAUAAAUUUUAACAUUAGACUACUUGUGCAUUUAUGUGUACCUGUUGACUAAUUUUUGUGCAUUACAUCAUCAUGGUAUAUCUGUGUGACUAAUUUUUGUGCAUACCGUCAUUCAGGUAUAUCUGUGUGACUACUUUUUGUGCCCUAUUUCAGCCAGGUUUACCUGUUGACUACUUUUUGUGCAUGGCAUCAUCCAGGAUUACCUGUGGACUACUUUUUGUGCAUGGCACCAUCCAGGUUUACCUGUUGACUACUUUUUGUGCACUAUGCCAUUCAGGUUUACCUGUUGACUACUUUUUGUGCAUGGCACCAUCCAGGUAUAGGUGUGUGACUACUUUUUUGCACUAUGCCAUCCAUGUAUACCUGUGUGACUACAUUUGUGCACUAUGCCAUCCAGGUAUACCUGUUGACUACUUUUUGUGCACUAUAUCAUCCAGGUAUUUGUACUGUGUACAUGCUUAGAUUGACAUUAGAUGACAAAAUGAGGUUAAUGCUGGAGUUUCAAAGUUACUAAAUGUAUCUUUGUAUUGAACUGGUGAUUUCCCAUGUAAAGUGUAGCUUCAAGUACAUAUAUAUGUCAUGUUUCGCAACCUCUAUACUCCUUUCAACAAUCCAUCAUUUUAGCAGCUUUUUAGUGCAAAACUGCUAACAUUAACAAUACGAAUUAUUAUUUAACAAUGUGAAUCUCAAUGUUUUUGACGAAAUAUAGGUUUUGAGCAUGCUAAUUUAUGCAUUGCUUAAUGUUUUUCUUGCAAUGCAUUGGUCUUAUGUUUUUGAUCAAGUAAAAUACAUUUAUCAUUACUUAUGACAUUGUUAUACUGCUUUGGCAUCUAUUCUGAUUUUAUUUUGGUUCCAGUGGAGAUUGUGUGUUGGUAAUCGCUCAUAGCGUAUCUGAGCUGAAGUGACCUGGUUGGUUAUUUAACCCUUAGGCUGCUGAUGGCGAUUUUAAAGGCUUUGCAAACAGCUUGGAACCAGACCAGACGCCGAGUAACUCGGCGUCUGGUCAGGUUCCAAGCUGUUUGCCACUCAGUCAAUAUAUCCCCAAAGUUUUAAGUAAAUUGAAAGAAAUUUAGAAUAAACCAGAUGACAUUUUUGAGCAGACGACAAUUUACCCAGCAUGCAAAGGGUUAAUUUACCCAAGAUAGUAUGCUCAUAUGUGCUAUCUAGUCUUUAUACAUGUACAGAUAGUGUGUAAAACUUCGUUGAAACACAUGCCAGCCUACCAUCGGUGAUUAUAUGUGUUUCCUGUCAAAUGACUUGCAUUUAAAGGGAUUGAGCUGUACAUAAAUUAUUUUUAUCUAAGUUGUUUCAGGUUUUGUAUUACACAAUAACAGUGCUUUUUUCUAGUAGCGGGUCUGGGCUAUAUCUUUGAGCCUCAAUGCAUAAGCAUUUAGCAUCAUUUGACUAUUAUGUGGAUACACUUUGCUGUUGUUGAACAACAUGUUUUAACUUUGGUGAAAUUUGCCUUGUACUGCAUGUAAUGAUCAGAGUAAAUAAACAAUGAAAAAUAUUAA